GUUUUGAGUUCACUACUAAGGCACAUUUCAGACAGUUAACCAACUGAAUACUUCUCAAAAUGACUUCUCACAACAUAGAAUUGUCAAUUGAUACGUUCGGAUCAGUCGAAAAUCCAAUAACAAAAAAACAAGAGGAAGUCAAAAAGUUUACAUGGAGAAAUGUUGAGAAUGGAAUGUCAGUAGUUUUGAUCUCAUAUGGAGUAAUCAUUCAGUCAAUUAAAGUCCCAGAUCGGUCUGGAAAUCUUGCUGACGUUGUUUGUGGAUUUGACGAUGUUUCUGGGUACUUGCAGAGUAAUAAUCCAUAUUUCGGAGCAAUGGUUGGUCGUGUUGCCAAUAGAAUUGCUCAUGGUGAGUUCGUUUUGAAUGGAGAAGUGAGGAAAGUAGCGAAAAAUUGGAAUAACAAACAUCAUCUCCAUGGUGGAAUCAUUGGAUUCAAUAAAUUCAACUUCAAUCAUUAUGUUGUUGGAAAUGUCGUUUAUUUGAGUCAUUUGUCACCUGACAACUUUGAAGGAUAUCCCGGAGAUCUUUUGCUCACAAUAAAAUGUGAACUCACUUCGGACAAUUCAAUUGCUAUGGAGUACAAAGCGACAAGUUCUAAAUCAACGCCAAUCAACUUGACUAACCAUUCAUACUUCAAUUUAGCGGGACACGAAACUGGAUUCGAGGAAUUAUACAAACAUGUUAUAAGUAUUAAUGCCGAUAAGAUAACCGAGACUGAUUCGGAGUCCAUUCCAACAGGGAAAUUUACUAAUGUUGGUGGAACUCCAUUCGAUUUGAGAAUCUCAAAGGAACUUGGACCGGCAAUGAGAAAUCUGAACGCAAUUGGUUACGACGAUAAUUUUUGUAUUAAUAUUCCCAAAGGAUUUCAAAACUCUCUAAAUUUUGUUUCGAGAGCUGUUCAUCCACCAAGUGGAAGAUGGUUAGAAGUUUCCAGUAAUCAAGAAGGUGUUCAACUAUAUACUUCAAACUUUUUCCCUGAUCCAUGCGGAAAUAUUAACGCAUCAAGAUUCGUCAGUGAGAACUACUAUGAAGUAGACGGAGUAUUGACAACAAAACUUGAUAAAGUGACGGUUUCGACGAAAGAUGACAAUUCUGCAAAAUGUUCAGAUGAAUCUGCACUUGUCGGAAAAGGUGGAGUUCAUUACUUGAAGCAUGGAGCAUUUUGUUUAGAAACUCAAAAGUUUCCUGAUGCUGUUAAUCACAGCAACUUCCCGUCGGUGAUUUUAAAUCCUGGUGAAACAUAUCAACAUGAAGUUGUUUUCAAAUUCGGAUGCGAAGCUUGAUUCAAAAAAAUAUAAUUUACAUGAAUGUUGUACGAUGUAAUAAAAGAAAUAUCUGCGAGCAUGGUAGAAAGAAAGA